GCGCCGCUCCGGGCUCACGGGGGAGGGCGGCGAUGAUCAGCCGAGAGGGGGUGGCUCCUGGCUGCGGUGCGAACCAAUCAGCGCCGUGGGAGCGCUGUCACCGUGCCAGCUGACACUCAGGUCAGAGCCCGAGCAGCCUGUGGAGGGACUUCUGCUAUCAGAAGGCAAGGAAAAGUUUUGACAAGCGGAUCUGCAGGCUGUUUUCUCUCGACAGCUGCGACGGUUGCUCUGCUCUCUUCCAGUCUAGUGGGACGCUUCCCUGUGCGGGUGAGAGGCUGUACGAUCCUCGGCAGUGUUCUGAGACUGUACGGCCCCGAGCCCCCUUCUCCUGCUGCGGGCUUCCCGGACUAAUCCGAGCAGUUCUCUGCUUCAUGGCAUGAUCCUGCACUGGGCUUCUUCUGGCCUGCCCAUGUGGGUCUAAUACCGGCUCUUUUUUCCUUUUUUUUUUUUUUCUUUUUUUUGCAUUUUGAAAAUCAAUAACAUACCUCUAUUGACUCAAGUUGGACUUAACUCAGACUGAAGGAGUUACAGCACUGCUACUGAGAUUACCUGCAAACAUGACGGCUGAUAAGGAGAAAAAGAGGAGCAGCUCAGAGCGGCGUAAGGAGAAGUCACGUGAUGCGGCACGCUGCAGGCGCAGCAAAGAGACAGAGGUGUUCUACGAGUUGGCCCACCAGCUGCCCCUGCCUCACAGCGUCAGCUCCCAUCUGGACAAGGCCUCCAUCAUGAGGCUGGCCAUAAGCUUCCUGCGCACACGCAAGCUGCUCACCACAAGCCACAGCAGCUGUGAUGGCGAGGAGGACAGGCUCAUGGACAAUCUGUACCUGAAGUCUCUUGAGGGCUUCGUCACAGUGGUAACAUCAGAUGGCGACAUGAUCUUCCUGUCCGAGAACAUCAACAAAUUCAUCGGCCUCACGCAGGUGGAGCUCACAGGUCACAGCAUCUUUGACUUUACCCACCCAUGUGACCAUGAGGAGAUCAGAGAAAACCUUAGCCUGAAGUCAGCAGGGAGCUUCCGUAAAAAAGGCAAAGACCAGAGCACAGAGCGAGACUUCUUCAUGAGGAUGAAAUGCACAGUGACCAACAGAGGACGUACCGUCAAUCUCAAGUCAGCAAGCUGGAAGGUGCUGCACUGCACCGGCCAACUGAAGAUGUAUGACGGCUGCCCAUCGCGGGUUCUCUGCAGCUACAAGGAGCCUCCGCUUACCUGCGCCAUCCUGAUGUGCGAACCCAUCCCACACCCAUCCAACAUCGACGCACCGCUGGACAGCAGGACAUUCCUGAGCCGACACAGCAUGGACAUGAAGUUCAUGUACUGUGAUGAGAAGGUGACAGAGUUGAUGGGUUACACCCCUGAGGACCUGCUGGGUCGAUCGGUCUAUGAGUUCUACCAUGCCCUCGACUCAGACAGCGUCACCAAGAGCCACCAUAACUUGUGCAGCAAAGGUCAGGCAGUGAGCAGUCAGUACCGUAUGCUGGCCAAGAAUGGUGGCUACAUCUGGGUGGAGACUCAGGGAACUGUCAUUUACAACAGCCGCAACUCUCAGCCUCAGUGCAUCGUGUGCAUCAACUACGUCCUGAGUGACGUGGAGGAGAAGUCCAUCAUUUUCUCCUUGGAGCAGACGGAAGCGCUGUUCAAGUCGCCAAAUAUGAGCAGCUUCUUCACCAUCGAAGGAGCCAGCAUGAAUGCAGAAACGGGAGCUUCUCUCUACAAGAAGUUCAAGACGGAGCCGGAAGAUUUGGCUCAGCUAGCUCCGACUCCUGGAGACACCAUCGUCUCCCUCGAUUUUGAUCGCACUGAGUUUGAGGAGUCCCAGCAGCCAGCGCCUUUCACCCCGGUGUCUUCUUCACCCAUGCCCCCUCCUGGACCUCUGUGUUGGACAAUCGAGAGCCAAAAGCCAGCUCCUGUGGCUACAGCUCAGACCCUGGUUCCAGCUCCUGGGGACCCACCUAACAGAGCCAGGGCGUUCACCGUGCAGCAGAAUCCUCCACCGGGCAGUGCCACCCCAAGCCUCAGCAGCUGCUCCACGCCCAGCAGCCCAGGUGAUUACUACAGCUCAGUGGAGAGUGACCUGAAGGUGGAACUCACUGAGAAGCUGUUUGCUCUGGAGACUGAGGGAAACGACAGCACUGUACACGCAGAGGAGGACUUGAGUGACUUGGAUUUGGAGACUCUGGCCCCUUACAUCCCAAUGGACGGAGAGGACUUCCAGCUCAAUCCAAUCAUUCCGGAAUCGGAGCCCCAGGAAGCGGCUCAAGCAGGGUCCCUAGGGAGCCUGUGCAACCUUAGCAUCCACCAGAGCUGCAACAAUGUAGCCAGCCUCUUCCAGCCUCUCACCUCCCCUCAGCCUCAGAACCGCUACCAGCCGCAACCACAAGCAUCCUGGGCCACGGAUGGGAGGAGAGGCUCCAACCAGAACGCCAUGGAAACACGACAAAGGUCGUGCAUGAUGAUCCCCAUACAGAACCCCCCUUUCCGAGGCCUAGCUGGCACGCCACUGUCAUCCAUGCAGUGGCCUCCAGACCCGAUAAUAACCUACCAACAUCGGCAACAUCCGCCGAAGGCCUGUCUGAUUGACGACAUGUUGGGCGGAGAGCAGCCGUCCUGCCAGCAGAACACAUCACACCUAGUGCACAAACAGAAGUCCAUUGAUAAUUUUGUGCAAGCCUACAAAGAUCUGGAUCCAGGAAGAGUGGCCACGAAUAACAGCAUCAAGCGUUCUUUCAACCAGAUGGCGCUGGGUGAAAGAAAGCUGACGGAUGCCAUAUGGAAGAAGAUGAGAGGUGAUGGCUGCAUGGAUCGCUCCCUCAGCACGGGGUCACUCACAGAGUCGGCGACGAUGGGCCGGAUGAUUCCAGGCCUCGGGUCCAUGUGCCCCGCCUCGCUGCAACAACACAGGACGUCACGGUAUCCAGGGGCCGGGAUUAGUGGGCCAAACGAAAAACCCUUUUCCAGAAAGAGCUGCAGCAACACGGAGUAUAACGUGAUGUCUUCAGGCAUGGCAAGUCGUUUGCUGGGCCCUUCGUUUGAGCCCUCCUGCUUGCCGCAGCUGACCCGCUAUGACUGCGAGGUCAACGUCCCACUGCAGGGCAGCCUCCACCUCCUCCAGGGCUGUGACCUGCUGCGAGCCCUGGACCAGAGUACCUAAAGCCCGGCCCUUUCACCGACUCAGCAUAAAGCCUGGAUAUCACCUCUGAGCCUCAGCCUGCAGUCCGUGACUUCUGCCUGUUCUCUGCCUCUGAACCUCUUGGGGCCGACUUCAGAGCCCUGAGACGAAGCUACUUGUAGAGCACAGUAUCCAUGACCACAUCCUGCUUUACUCACCCCCCACCCUUCUUCCUGCCCUGCCUCUAGUUCUCAACAUAAACUAAAAUAUGCAAUAUAAUACCAGGCCCAAGCAUUACAUUCAUAUUUUCUUCACCCUAAAAUACUGUAACAUAAACUGGACGCAGGCUGAGUGGAAGAGCGACCAACCAACACCAAACGGGUCAGCAUGUGGAGGAGAAAAAGGUCAAUGCUGGUAUUUAACAGAUUAUAUCAUGUUACUCUCACUUGUGUUGUGUAUUAAAGUUUUGUCAGAAUGUCUGGAGCUGCAACUGCAGUCCCAGGCCUGCCUUCUCUCAGUGUAGCUUUGAGCAACACACAUUGUGCUCUUUUGUUGUUUUUGUGGACAGACUUUAGCCUUUCUCACCAGCUCGCAUCGUCUUUGAGCUGAGACACCGUAACACAAACUGGUCGCAGCGUUACACCUCUAUUAAAUCUUUAUAUUUUUUACUUUAGUCUUCAUCAGUCUGUACUACUAACCAAACUGAAUAUCUUAAUUGAAUUGAUGCAACACUGCUGUAUAAAGACUAGCCUUCUCAUGUAUUUUGGGUUCUUACUCAGCCAGCUAGUAGAUUCUUCAGAUUUUUUCUCAUUGCGGUAUAACCACGUACAUGUAGUAAUGUGUAAGUUAAAUAUUAGACAUUUCUGUCUUAAAUCAGAUUAUUUUGAAUGUGUCUGUGUUUAUCUAGAAUAACAUCCUAAAUGACAACAGGGUAUUAUUUUCUUUUUGUGCUGAUUUUAGUCUCCGAAUUUUCAGGUUACACAUAUUCAUGCAUUAUCUAAUGCACACAUUUUUGCAUGAGAUAAAAAAGCAGCAGUAGCGUGCACAGAUUACUGGGGAGGGCGGAGAAAUACAGAUCUGUUUUUAUAUUUCAUGGUUCUAGAAUAAUUAAAUCCAUAUGAUUUUAGUUCCAUUACAAAUCAGAGAUUUGUUCCUAAUUUCCGAUGUCUACUUUUGUUUUGUUCAUAAAUUAGCAGACAUUCAUUAGGGAGCAGAGACAACAUACCAAAAGUUUUUAUUUUAAAUUAAGACAAAAUGAUAAAACAGCUUCUAGCACUUUGUGUUUGCUAUGAUGGUUGCUUGCAUCACAUAGCUAGCUAACUAGUUAGCUCUUAUUUCAUCGGUUGGUGAAUCAACCCCUGGUUAGUUCGUUCAUUCAAAUGUCCCAGAUGGUUGUUGAAUCAGCCUGUGUGAACAGUCAACAAGUCUUUGUAUAAAAUAUGGUUUUCUUUCUAGAAGCUUCUGACAUCACUGAGUUUGCCUGUUAGCUGCAUACUUACUAAUCUGAUAAAUGUCCUUUUGUUUAUUUUAUUCCAAGCUAUUCACCACUCAGUUAAUCAAUCUAAAAUUGUACAAUAGCAGUUGAUUUGACUGUGCAUGUCUUGCUUUUAGUUUCCAAUUCAAGACUGACUUAAUAUAUAUAUUUUUAAAUCACUUGACUGAAAAAAGAAUCAGUAAAUAAUAUUUUUCACCUAAGGCAUUAAGUUUAAGUUUUAAGGUUUUUUAGCUGUAAAAUGUUACGUAAACUGACCUUUUUUCAUAAUUUGAUGUGUGUUCAAUCAGCUUAGUUCAAAAGUAAAAAAAAAUACUUUGCAAUUGCAUAACAGAGACAUGAAAGGAAUACAUAAGUAUAAGUUUUUAGUGAAAAGGAAAUGAUUUUCUGAAAAGGAAAUGAUUUUCAGCAUGGGGAAAAAGUAGAAAUAAAAAGAAUGUGAGAUUGUAAAAGAUUUAAAGGUGUUUUUGAAAAUGACUCAGGUUAAUCAGAGGGCAUGUGGAGGGACUGAAACGGGCAUCUUGGCCAGUCAGGAGGGCACUUUAACCAUGUAGAAAUGUUUGAGGGUUUUAUGGGUUCAGCUUGUAGAAAAAAAGUCAGACAGUUUCAGUUGCCCCUUUAGAGCACUGAGGUCAGGCCAUGACUUCUGUGCUCACCGCUGUGCAAACCAGACAGAGGAAGAAGAAAAUCACAUAUUUUUCACAUUAAAAGUGAAUGUUGUAAAAAAGCAGAAAAUUGUGAAAGCAGAGUUUAUAUAUUUUCCAGUUAUUGGACAAGGCCAGCUCCUGUUUUAUUCUCACCAGAGAAUAAAUAAUGAAAUUCUGUAAAUUGUUACAGAAUUUCAUUAUUCCUCAUAAGUUCAUUUCCACCCUGCUGAUGUCAGCGAAACAUAUUUCUCUUCUUCUCCUUUAUUUCUUUAUUUCUGUGUCUCGCUGUCUCUUUCUGAAGCUAAUGUCUCUGUGUGGUGAUCACUUUUAAAGUAUUGAUCUGUACACAUACACGUUAUGUAUUUAAAAUCAGAACUAAUGUUGAACAUGGUGUUUUUAAUGUGUCCUGGUACUUUGUCCUCAGUUGCUCCUCUUUCCAUAGACGCUGUUUAGGUAAGAACUCUCUUUGGCCAAUUCCUGUCAUCCUGUUUCCGUGUUGUGGUGUUGGGCCACACCUUUUCCCUCCUCCACCAGUUUUCUUUCCUCUCUUUUAUUCUGAAAUAUCUGUUGAAUCUGUUGGCUGGCCAGUACUGUUGUUGUUCUUACUUUUACACAAAAAAGAGGGAAAAAAACAGAUCAGAGUAAAAAUGUUGAACGUGUGUUUUCUAAGUUUCUUUUUUCAGAUAUGUAGCAUUUGAAAUAUUGUAAGGACAGUGAAGUUGCCACAUAACUGCAUAGUUUUCAAGUUGCUUCUAUAAAAAAAUGGUGCUUCAUAGAGCAUGUAUGUGUCAUUUUUAGAACUUUUAUUACAGGUUUUGGACCAACUAACACUGAUUUAUUUUGAUAUUCUCUUAUUUUUUUUUUUUUUUUUUUUUUUUUUUUUUUAGUAAUUAGUAUUAUUUGAAUCCAUACAAUGUGCCUUAUCAUGACAUUAUGUAAUGACUUCACCCUUCAAGUGCACAGUUUGCUCCCUCAAAAUAGUCGACUAAAUCCUUCAGCUUCAGCUGUUGUUAAUUAACAAAUAACUUUUGUGAAAAUAUUUUUUGGUUACUCUGCUCCAACAAAAUAUUUAAUAUUUUACAUGUGAAACAGCAGUAGCUUUAUUGUUGUUAUUAUUAGCAUGGGCUGGUUAUUGCUAUCAGCUAAAAAUUUAAAAAAGGACUGGAGAUUCAUGUGGAAAGCAGGAACCUGCAGGCUAGCCAGGUAUCAGGUUACAGUUGUUCAUAAGGACCCUGAUGAAGCUGCUCUUGUUUGAAAGGUUUAAGGAUUAGCAGGAAAAGAUUUGACUGCAGGGAGAAGCUGAACUUUAUUUUAGUUUGGAUGAAUGCUGAAGUGAGGAUUUCCUGGCGGUAGUGCUGUAGGUAAUGGCAGUAAGGUGUUUGUAUGUUACAGUUAAAAUCUAGCAAAACUUUAUUUCCUUUAAGAGUUUAAAGAAAAUCACUACUGGUAACAGGCCUCUUUUUGCUCAGUACAACACUUUAUUUUACUUUAAUUGCAAGCCAAAUACUAUAUUAAUUGGGGAAUAUAAGUGAGUAUGUCACAUUUCAUUGCAGAUUUUAUACUGCAAAAAUAACCUCAUCUUAUUUCUGAGUAAAUAAAUCAAUGUCCAGUCUGAUAGUUUUGCUAAAUUUCAUUUGCAUUAAAUGCAUCUGAGCAACAAAACGGAAGACAAUUGUUUACCUUUUCAAAUUAACACACUUCCUGUUUGUGGUCAUGUUUGGUAAAAACUAAAUAAAGCAAACAAAAAUCUAAGUAAGCCGUCAGGUCACAUAACUUAAACAUGAAUGCAACCUUCAGUUGUUAUGAUUUUACUUUUAUUUUUAAACAUUGGUGGUAUCAUUCUGUGUCUAAUAGGCCACCUCCCAGAUAAACUAAAAGUCAGAGCAGGAUUAACUUUCCUCUAUGUUUUCACACAUUCACCUAAAAUAAUUACUUCUACAAAACAUGAGAAUCAUUUUAACACAUUAAUGUUUUUCCGCUUUGUAAAUCACUUAUUUUUCUCUACACACCAUCUUGUUCUAUGAGUCCAUUUUUAUUUAGGGCAAGAACACAAUUUUAUCUCUAAUUAAAUAAGAUGUUCCUCGUCUUUCAAAGUGGAAAAAAAGUUAUAUCUGUCUCUGGAGUUAUGUAUAGAAUCAUGUAAAGAAUGUAGAAUUUUUGAAUUACUCAAAUAAGUUUCCAGU